GCCACACUUUCAGUACCAAAGUGAAAUUUAGCUAGCCAAGAACACAUCAGACUCAACCAUGAUCCAUCCAAAGAAGCUUGCUCAGCUGGCCAAGAAGUGGCAGAGGAAGGUCUCAGCCGGAGCUGGUGGCCAGCAAGCCGACGAGUGCUGCAGCACAGUCGCUGACAAGGGCCACUGUGUGGUGUACACCGCCGAAGGGGCACGGUUCGAGGUCCCGUUGGCAUACCUUGCCACGACGGUGUUCGGCGAACUCCUGAGGAUGUCUGGGGAGGAGUUCGGCUUCACGAGCAGCGAGGGAGGCAGGAUCACUCUGCCCUGCGAUGCUGCGGUUAUGGAGUAUGUCUUGUGCUUGGUGAGGAGAGAUGCCUCUGAGGAGGUCGAGAGGGCGUUCUUGAGCUCCAUUGCUGGGCAUUGCCAUGGCCAAGAUGCAUCAAUGGGACGCACCAAUCAAUUUGCUCUUUGUAUUUAG